CCAUUUGAAGGAUUCCCCUAGUCUUCUAUCCUUCAGAGAUCAGGACCUGCCCUGGUCAAAGCCCAGCUGCUCAGCCAGAGAGAGAAGCAAACGGAUUGGCUGAUGGUUGCCAAUGGGGCAAAGGGGCUCCUCCCUCCACAGAGCCAGGCCUGUACCUUCCCCGCCUCCCUGGGUGUUACCUGUGUGGGCAGGUUUUGGGUAGGAACGGUGCCAGGAAGCAACCGGCACGGAUUGGAUCCUCUCUUGCGGAGCCCACAAAGACCCUCCCACAGGCCCUGCUGCCGCCCAUGACUGCCAUGCCACCUCGCUGGAAGCGGUCCCUGUGCCACUUGACCGGGCUUUUGGUUGGGCUGCUGUGCAGCCUGGCAACCCUCUUGGUUCUCAGUUUCCUGGCCAGCAGCCGCCGUGAGGACCCACUCUCACGUUCGCGGCCCUCCCAGAUGGGGAGUGGUGUGGGGGAACGACACAUAGACACCUUGCUCCUGCCGCCCCCCAACGCCUUCCCUCUGUCCCCAUCGCCCUGUGCCCUGACCGCCCCCUGGCUACUGGUGCUAGUGGCCAGUGCAACUGGGCAUGCGGCCCGGCGUGCGGUGGUGCGGCGCAGCUGGGGGAGUGUGAGGGUAGCAGGGGGGCACAGCAUGCACACGGUUUUUAUACUGGGGCAGCCUGGGGAUGUGGCACAGCAGGCAGCACUGGAGCGUGAGGCGGCCGAGCACGGGGACCUGUUGCAAGCGUGCUUUGCCGACACCUACGCAAACCUAACCCUGAAGACACUGGCGAUGCUGGGCUGGGCCACCACCCGUUGCCCCACUGCCCGCUUCCUGCUGAAGGCCGACGAUGACGUCUUCCUGAACCUGCCUGCCCUGGCGAGACACCUGGAGCGGCUAGCCGGCCCACCUGCUGCCUAUCUGGGUCAGGUCUAUUCACAUGUGGCACCCAUCCGCAACCCACACAGCCGGCACUACGUGCCCACCUCGCUCUACCCGGAACCUGCCUUCCUGCCCUACUGCAGCGGCACCGCCUACAUUCUCUCUGCCCCAGCCGCUGCCGCUGUCCUGGGUGCUGCCCGCCAGCUGCCGCUGCUGCCUGUGGAGGAUGUGUUUGUGGCGAUGUGCGCCCACCAUGCUGGCAUUGCCCCGCGCCACCUAGACUAUAUGUCCGGGGCUACCCACUACCCACUUGAUGCCUGCUGCUACAGGGAGGUGCUCUUCAGCGUGCAUGAAGUGGAACCUGCCGAAAUGCUGUCCUUAUGGGAGGCAGCUGAGCACCCCUGCACCGCCUGGCAGCGCUUCCUUGGCCUGACCCGCUGCAAGGUCCUGGCCUGGCUGGCUGCGGAGGACACCCCAUGACUGCCUUCCUUCCCUCACACCACCUGAUGACCCUGGGAGGAAAAGGCCUGGGGCUCUGCCUCACUCGGGAGUAGCUAUCUGGCCUUGGACAAGUGAAGGGGUCGAUUGAUUAGCAGAAGGGCUGCCAGGAACUCUGCCUAGAAGCCCACAGCUGCCGGCCUGGAUGCUGAGCUUCCCAGUUGGGACUGCGGGGUGAGACUCUGCCAGCUGUGGGAAUGCCAGCUGCCCUUUUGGGUUCUCCGGCAGAUGUGGGCCUUGAGCUGAAAAGCUGGAGGGAGGACAAAGGGCUCUGCUUCGACAACUUGCCCACCUGGUCAGUGUUUUUUAGGGGGUCAUUCAUCCCUAAUUUGGGUGCAUCGGGAGGCCAAAGUGGGCUUUUUACAACAUCAGCAAUGGAAAGGUUGCCCCUCUGAACUGUGCGUGGAGUCGGGAGGGGCCUGAAUAUCAUUUGGGGCUGUCUCUUACGGAAUGAGGUGACUCCUCAUAGUGGCCUCAUAGUGGCCAGGUGGGUGGGCGUGGCUGGAGCAGCUCGUGAUGCCACAAUGAGACAAGUCCCCAAGUUUGGAAUGUGUCAUGCCCCUGUCGGAAU